AUGAAGCACCACCUGAUGGUCGGCACCUGGACCCCUCCAGGCCGCAUCUACACCGUCGCCUUUGACGAUGAGGCCCUCACCCUCGACCUGGUCAAGAAGACCGACAUUCCCGAGGCGGAACCCAUCUCCUGGAUGACUUUUUCGCACGACAAGAAAGCCAUCUACGGCGCUGCCAUGAAGAAAUGGAACAGCUUCGCCGUCCACAGCCCGACUGAAAUCGUCCACCAAGCCUCCCACCCUGUUGCCGGUCACGAACUCGCCCCCAGCGCCGACACCAACACGCGCGCCAUCUUCGUCCUCGCCGCCCACAAACCCCCCUACAACGUCUACGGCAACCCCUUCUACAAAUACGCCGGCUACGGCAACGUCUUCUCCGCCGGCGCCGAUGGCCAACUGCUCGAAAACAUCCAGAACUACGAGUACGAGCCCAACACCGGGAUUCACGGCAUGGUGUUCGAUCCCACAGAAACCUACCUCUACUCGGCGGAUCUCCAGGCCAACAAGAUCUGGACACACCUCAAGGAUGCAGAGACGGGCAAGUUGACGCUGGUGGAUUGCAUUGAGGCCCCGGCGCCUGGUGAUCACCCCCGAUGGGUGGAGAUGCAUCCGAGCGGGAAAUAUCUCUAUGUGUUGAUGGAGGCGGGCAAUCGACUGGCCGUGUAUGUCAUCGAUGAGCGUACGCAUAAGCCUGUCUUUACUCAUAUUACCUACCCCUUGCUCCCAGUUGGUCUGCCCCCCCGCAACAAAUACCGCGGCGACGUAACCUUCACCACCCGCAGCGGGGAAUACCUCUUCGCCACGACGCGCGGCAACUCCUUCGACAUCACCGGCUACAUCACGGCCUUUAAGCUGGGUCCGAAUGGUACCAUCGAGCGUCAGCUCUUCAUCCACCCGACGUCCACCAGCGGCGGACACUCCAACGCCGUCAGCCCCUGUGACUUUAGCGAUGAGUGGUUGGCGCUGUGUGAUGAUCAGCUGGGAUUUGUGGAGAUUUAUCGCUUCAAGGAUGAGACGCUGGCCCGGGUGGCUAGGGUGGAUAUUCCGGAACAGGGAUUUGGUAUGAAUGCUAUUUGGUAUGAUUAG